AUGGGUAAACCAAAGGUCUUAUUAGUUCUUUACGCUGGUGGUAAACACGCACAAGAAGAAAAGAAGUUAUUGGGAGCAAUCGAGAACGAAUUGGGCAUUCGUCAAUUCAUUGAAGAUCACGGUUACGAUUUGGUCGCUACUACUGAUAAGGACAGAGUUGAUUCUGCAUUUGACUCAAACUUGGAAGAUGCUGAAAUUGUCAUCACUACUCCAUUUUACCCAGCUUACUUGACCAGAGAAAGGAUU